AUGGUCCUCAUCAUCGGAGGUGGGGUCAGUGGAUUGAUGACCGCCUGGAUUCUUCUGGAUAGGGGUUAUCGUGUCUCGGUUGCUGCUAAAGAAUGGUACGGGGAGGAUGCAAACAAGGAUGGUUCUAUGUGUUCUCAGACUGCUGGAGCUCUGUGGGAGUACCCCCCAAGUGGUCGUCGCUUGUCAGAGAACCGGGCUCCUGCGGUUGCGUUCCCCGAACCCGCGCAGGCUCGGUUGUGGGCGAUGCACAGCUUUCUGUUCUAUGAGCACUUAGCCAAGAAAAGUCAGCUGGAAGAGUUCGAAGCCAGAAUGAUCGCACUGUAUCAAUCUUCCCAUCACAGUCAUAAGGAUAACAGGCAGGGGGCUGACAGCCAAACUCAGGGAAAUGCGCGCCUGGACACCGGGUAUGGAGGCUUCCGCGGGAAGUCUAAGGCUGGUUAUCGAAGCCUUCCACUUGAAGACUGGAAUACAUUCGAGUUUCGAAAAUGGGAGGACGCCCUGAGUGCAACAAACUAUCUUGGCUCAGUUGGGCUGAAAUGGGGCUACAGACAUGAGGCGUUGGCUAUAGACGCUCAUACCGCUAUGGAAUUCUUGAUGAAGACCGUCAGGUUCAAGGAAGCAAUCUCCGCGACCCGUGAGAUCAAGGGAGAUUCUUCAUCUACAGGAAGACAAAAUCAUGCGUGA